AUGGACUUUAGCUCCUCAAUUAUCUCACUCCUCCUACAUUUUCUUCUCAUUAGUUCUUUGGUUUGUCCAAUUAAUUCUUCAGAAACUAUUCAACAGAUCAACAAGCCAGCUAUUAAGACAAUUCAGAUUUCCGAUGGUGAUAUUAUCGAUUGCAUUUUGACUCAUAAACAACCAGCUUUUGAUCAUCCUUUAUUGAAAGGACAAAAACCAUUGGAUCCUCCAGAAAGAUCAAAAGGGCAUAACCAAAUAAGUAAUUUGAGUGACAUCUUUCAAUUGUGGAGUUUGUCUGGUGAAUCAUGUCCUGAAGGAACAAUUCCAAUUAGAAGAACAACAGAAGAAGACAUCUCAAGAGCUGGAUCUAUUGAUAGUUUUGGAAGAAAGGCAAACGGAUUUAGAACGGACACAAUUCAAAAUGGACAUCUGCAUUCAGUUGGAUUUGUGAGAGGGGAUAUAUACUAUGGAGCACAGGCUAUAAUAAACGUGUGGGCCCCCCAUGUUGAAAGCCCAAAUGAAUUCAGCUUGGGUCAAAUAUGGAUCGUCUCUGGUUCUGGGAAAGAUCUCAAUACCAUUGAAGUUGGUUGGCAGGUGAGUGCGGGUCGCUACGGGGACAAUCGCCCUAGAUUGUUUACCUUUUGGACUGCUGAUGGAUAUGACCAAACCGGAUGCUACGAUUUACUAUGCCCAGGCUUUGUUCAAACUAACAAUAAAUUUGCAAUUGGAACUCCAAUUUCUCCAAUUUCUACAUAUAAUGGAGGACAAUAUGAAAUUACCUUAUUCAUCUUUAAGGAUCCAACGAAUGGGAGUUGGUGGCUUGAAUAUGGACUUGGAAACCCUAUUGGAUACUGGCCAUCCUCUUUGUUCACAACCUUAAAAGAUAAUGCAACUAUCGUUCAAUUUGGUGGAGAAAUAGUGAAUGCAAAGUCAACAGGGGCUUAUACAUCAACCCAAAUGGGUAGUGGACAUUUUGCUGAGGAGGGUUAUGGAAAAGCUUCAUAUUUUAGAAAUAUGCAAGUUGUAGGUUCUAAAAACUUCUUGACUCCACUAUCAAAUCCAACAUAUACAGCAGACCAACCAAAUUGUUAUAAUGUACAAGGAAGAUUUAAUGACAAAUGGGGUCAUCACUUUUACUAUGGCGGACCUGGAAGGAACGAGAAAUGUCCAUAA